CCCAAUUAUCCCCCAAGGCUCCCAUUGGUCAAAGGUGUGCUUGAAGGUCUCUCAUCCAGCACGAUGGCGCUUCCGAAUGUCCCAACAGGCUUCGCAAAGCCUCCUGAGGCGCUCCAUCUUCCUCAUUCCGUAACCCUCAAUAUUCCGCUCCCCAGCGCACAUCAUGCUGCAACCCUGUACCGGGUGCUGAGCGUCGACAAGCCUCUGAGGCCGAAAGAGACCUUUAUCGCCUAUCGCGCGCAGUCCUCGUCGCCCGAGACGCUCGAUGUGCUCUGCCACUGCUCGACCGUUCGCCAGUUGAGGCUCGCCAGCAACUCGAUCCUGGAAGACAUCAAGCUCGUGCUGGCGACCAUGGAUGCAUUCCCGGGGCCUGACGAGCACGAGGAGCAGCGGAGAAAGGGGAGAAAAGACGAAGUUAUCCAGGAUGCAGAGUUCGAGCUCAAUGGCACUGGUCGGGCAGGGUGAAGGGGAGGUCUCUCACUGUUUCGUAAAACAUGCUUGUACAAUAGAUCAUUGGACUAGAUGCAGUAUCUCA